CUAGAUACAAUAUUUUGCUAAGUACUUUACCUGAUUUAUAGCCAUGAUUUUUUAGAAAUAUGUCAAUGAUAGAUGUAGAUUAGAAAAUUAAAAAAGGUAGUUCAAUUAUUAACUUAAUUAGAAAUCAAAUCGUAUCAUAGGAGAUAAUAGAUUUUAGAUGAGAGCGAUAUUUCAGAUGAAGAAUUUUCAUAAAAAGAAAAUGACUUAAAGAAAUUAUUGGUAAAGGCUUAAACUGAUGGUAAAUAAUAGGCUUAAGUAUUAAUUACAUAAAGAAGUAAAGAUUAACAUAACAGAUCACAAAUUAGUUUGUUGAGUUUGGAAUAAGUGGAUGGUGAAAUACCAAAGACGAGUAAAAAUAAAUACCAGUUAAAUAAUAUCUUAGAAGAUAUAAGAUUUAAGAAGUACGAAUAAUCUUGUGUUACAACAUCUUUAAAAUAUCAUUAAUUGAUCGAUCUCCUCAUCAAUGUACUUUAGCUUCUAAUGAUUUACGAUCUAAUGAUAAUACUCUAUUCUCUAAUCGUCCAUUAACAUUACCUUAAUUAUUUUGACUAUUUGAUUUAUUUAUAUUAAUUUAUAUAAUUAUGUACUAAAUCCCAGAUAAUUAUUAUGAUGAAGUAAUACUGAAAUUUCUUAAUGUUUAUAGUCAGCUGUUUUAGCCUUAUAAAAACAUAGAAAUGAAAGAACCCCUAUUGAAGUGUUUUACAUGACAAAAUAUUUUAGAUAGUUUCAAUGUUUCUAUGGUUACAAUGAUGAAAUCAUUAGGAAUUGUUGUAGUGUAAUUUAUAAAUAAUUUCUCAAAUAGAAAAUGAGAUAUGAAAUUAUCCAUCCAAAUCAAUUGAUAUUUAAGAGAUUUGACUAAAUAACUGAGGAUUAAAAAAAGUUCUACAUUAUUUUGUAAGGUGAACUAGGAAUUUAUCUCUCUAUUGGUUUACUUCCAGAAAAUAUUAAAGAUGUAGAAUUUAAGGAAGUAUCAACAAUUAAAAUGUAUCAACAUUUUGGACAUCAACUGUUUUGUUUGACUAAAGAAGACAUCUUUGAAUAGUAAUCUUCAAUUCUAAAUAGGUAUGGUUUAAUUAUCAAGGCAAAGAAACAAACCUUGGUUGCAACUCUCAACUUUCAAUAUUUUCAUGCUUAUCUAUUCUAGUCAGAGUAACGUAAGAUCAGUUAUGAAAUUAGUAGAUUGUAUGAUUUCUGCUUAUUUAAAGAAAUUUAGUAUAAGGAAUUGAAAGUAUUAUUCUAUUUCACUAAGGAAAUUCUAUAUCAAUUCUUAUUAACAAUCACAUAGUUAUAAGGAUAAAGUGUGCACUUAAGGAGAUCAAGCAUAUUGUGUAUAUUUCAUACUUCGAGGAUAAUAUUCCAUCGUUAGACGAAUCAAUGAACAUGAAAUUUAAACAUUGGGAAUUAUUUCUGAAGGAGAAAUUAUUGGAGAAUACGAAAUUUUAAACAAUAUUGAUACAAAACCCUAUACUUUACUUUGUUAAUCAGAAAAAGGAGAAAUACUUAUUUGUGAUUCUUAAUUAUUUCUAAAUUAUGUCUUUCUAUUAAUCAGAGAUAAUCUAGAAUAAACUAUUGAAGCUAAAUUCAAUUUCCAUCAAAUGGAUAAAACGUCCAUUAAAUUUGAAUUGAAUAAAUAAAAUUAAAAUAUUCAUAGAAGAUAAUCUAUUGAAGAUGUUUGCAGAUAAAAUAAAUAUCAUUAUCUUAUGAGACCAAUUAGAAGAAAAGUUCAUUUAUCUAACAGUGAAUAUUAUGGAAAAUAAUCUUACUAUUAACUCUUUGUUGACAUUUAUAAUAUAGCUAGUACAUAAACUUAGUAAUUAUUUUUAUAUCUUUAUAGAUUGGCAAAUGAUGAGAGGAAAAGAAGAAUAACACAUUAUGUUAGAAAUACUCUCAAACCUAUGUAAUAAAAGUUAAAGUCAGCAUUAAAUAUUUCAGCAAAUAAAACUGAUGAAUCUAUCAUCAAAUAUAAUAAAGGAUUUCCUUUACAUAAUGAAAUGCUCAUUUAAGCAUUAAAAAGAAAUAAUGAAUCAAGGUUUAGAAAGACAUUUCAAAAAACCUAGAGUUUAGCUAAUAUUAGUCCAUCUAAAAAAUAAAGUAGAGCAGAUAUAAUUGAUUUGGGUGAACAUUUAAUAAUAAAGAAAUAAUAUAAAUCAAGUGA